GCACUGGCCUCCUCUGACAUGACCACAGAGUUAGACAAAACUCUUCCUUCCUCAGUUGCAACAGCAACCACUGUGGAGACCACCCAUACCAGACAGGGACCGACUUCCUCUGUCCUAGCUGAACUAGAAUCAUCCACAGACACAGCUCCACGGGUGACUUUUUUCUCCUUAGGAGAUCCAAGUGUUUUGCCACCUACCUCUGACGUCUUUGAUACCAUAAAGACCCCCAGGGAGCCAACAUCCUCCCUGACCAUGGGAUUGGGUACCACAAGCACCAUUGAGGGGCUGAGAGCAACAAGUACCUCUGAGGGGACCAGCUCCGCUGCAGAGCCAAGCCCUGGCUUCAGUGCCUACACUGAGGUGUCCAGUGAAAAAGUCAUCUUUUCAGGCAGGGCGACCAACCCACAGCCGGGUGAAGACACCCAAUCACCAGACAACACCUCUGGAGAGAUCUCUGCAUUCACCAGCUCCCUGGCCAUGACACAAUCUGUGGACGUGACCCCUUCCAUCCAGGCCUGCUGUAGCUCAGCAACAACUCCAAGGACCACCAGGGGUGACACUUCAACGUGGAUGGGAGCCCCCUCUAACGGGACACACGGUCUUUCUCAUCUGCAAGCAACCGUCCUUACGAACGCAGGUCCUGAGAAUGCGUUAAGGACUCACCAAGCCUCUGUGGAUGAUGUAACUGCUGACCCUUCCCCGCUGUCGGCUCCUACCACAUCCUUCGUUUCAACAGAGGACCCCGCCUCUUUUUCUGCCGUCACUCCUUCACUUCCGACUUCCGGCCUUACCAAGACCUCCAACGUUGUAAGCGCCAGCAUGGACACAGCGAGCAGUCCAUCCCCUCUCCUGACCACAGGGAGGGGCCCCACUUCCCUUGCUGUUGUGUCUGGCGUGGCAUCCCGCUCGAGCGUGAAUGAUACAACCUAUGGUCCUGCUCACCGAUCUUCACCUGCGGUGACCUCAUCAUCUCCUGCUUCGUCCACAUCAGCAGACAGCAGCCCCUUCUCUCCCCUGACCACUGCUUCACUGCUCACCCCUGGUCUGACGCAGACCACAGAGAUGAACACAACCCCGCCACCGGAAACCAACUUGUCUCUAAAUCCCAGUAGUACCUCAGUUGAUGCAUUACCUUUCUCUGAUGUCCACACAGAGUCGGACAGGAGUCCUCCUUCCUUAGAAUCAGCAGUGACCGUGGUGGACACCGUCAGUGUUGGACAAGAACCAGUCUCUUCUGUCCUGGCUUCCCCAGAGACAACCACAGCUACAUCUCAACGGGUGACUGAUGUCCCCUUAGGGGAUACAAGUAUUUUCCCAUCAACCCCUGCCUUCUUUGAUACAACCAAGAGUCACAGAGGGCCAACGUUUUCCUGGACCACUGGAUGGAGAGCAACCAGUGCCUCCGAGGAUGGCAGCUCUACAGCAAAGACAACUGGCCUUUCUGAAGGGGCUGUUGGAGCUACCACUGAGGUCACUGGGACAAGAACCAUCUCUGCUCACCAAGCACAUAGCACAGGCCCAGUCCAGCCACCAGGGUCACCACGCACUCCCACUGGGAAGAGCUCCGGGUUUCCAGCCUCCCCUAUGGCACAAAGCACCCUUCUAGGGGAAAAGCCAACCACAAACUCAAGAACAGGACCCCGUAGUGCUGUGACUCAGAGUCCUUUCCACUUGGAAACGACCACUUUUCGAAGCUGGAAACCCGAGCAUGCCUCAUGGACAAGCACCAUCUCUGUAGCUACAACAGCCUCCGAGGAUGCUCGGAAUUCUGCCCGUCACGUGACUCCAGUUCCUGUUUCAACAGAGAGCAGCUUCUCUUCUCCCCUGACCACUUCUUCACUGCUCACCUCUGGUCUGAUGAAAAACCCUGAUGUCAUGAGCGACUCCAGAAAAACCAAUGUCCUCAACUUCAGGAUUGACAGCAAGAAGUACCUCUGA